GUCUGCCUAACUGCAUUGACUGUAGUGCCACACUCCCUGUUUCUAACUCCGACUAAGAAUAAACGGCAGACAGAUAUCAGUAACAUGAUAGUGAUUGCGUGGACGUCGAUCGUCUACUAAAAUUAACGAGGCUGGUGAUCCCCUAUGGGUGGACGAGGGUCUCCCAGCCUCCUUUGACGGCUGUCGCCCAGACCCUCGUGGAUGCGCCAGCCUGCACUUUUCUCCGUCCGAUGGGCCCCCCUGCCGUCUGAUGAUGAAACUUAUAAUGAUUCAUGAGAUUGAGUGCUUUUAGUUUCUUCUUGAGUCCUGUUUUUCUACCUAGCUGCUAAUCUUAAAUUGGGACGGCCGUUCCUCUUCUCUCUCUUGAUAUAUCCAUCUUGCCUGGCUUAUUGAUGGGUUUCUCUUCCAUUGUACUAUCUUUAUUCUCCAUUUCAUAGACCACUUACAACUUAAUACUUUCCUCUUGUCUCAGUGCCAUUAACGGUCUUCCAUCCAAUAUGCAUGCCUCAGCAUUGCUCUUAGUUCUCUCAUCACUCGGUGCUCACGCGGUUCCUCUCCUUCGUGCAAGAACAAACAAUACUCUCGCACGCAGGGAUGUGCCGUAUUCUGUUGUGAAUGUUGGCGGCACAUCCAGCGCUGAGGCGCCCCCCGUCGUCGAAACUAUCACCGCUGUCUCUCCUCCACAAACCCCGGUAACAAUCACGAUAACCCACACUCCAUCGUCGUCACCAUCAAGCACUCCUUUUCCCUCGUCCUGGAGCGUCGGGCCGUUGCCGACUGGCAUCCCCAGUGGUCAGUCCUCAGUCGUGGCUAGAGGACUGAACGCUACUUCUCUGAGAUUCAUCAGGAGGUCUUCCUCUGCCAACAACACUGAGGUUCAUACUUUCGUCGCUCGUCACAACGGCACUGAAUCCUACCUCAACGCUCGUCACAAUAGCACUGCCCCUCUGUUUGUCCGCAGCAACGCCAUGGAGUCUAAGCUUAUUGCUCGUCACAAUGGCACCGAGUCUCAUCUGAACGCCCGGAGCAACAGCACAGAAUCUAAGCUUAUCGCUCGGGGCAACGGUACUGCUUUUGGCCUGGGUGCUCGCAACAACAGUGUCAACUCUCGCCUUACUAUCCACACUAAUGAUACUGCCCCUACUAUCGUCGCUCGCAGUAACAGCACUGAAGCUCAUACCCUCGCUACCCGCAGCAACAGCACCGACUAUCGCAUUACUGCUCGCGGCUUGAACAUCACUGACCGUGCUGUUCUUUACCUUCGCGAUGCCCUCAACUCCACCCGCGUUCAUGGCGGUAAUGCUGUGGUUAAGAGAAGCUCGAAUAGCACAUCACCGCAGCCCUAAAUUUGACACUCCAGGAAUACCAUCACUAGAUGUAUGCAAGUGACGACUUGCUUCUCUUAGGCCAAAUCGUCCGGCUUUCCCAUGUGUCAUUUCACGGAUGAAGGAGCUAAAUCAUGAUAUGACAGACACGACAUGAAAUAUUUAUGAAGAUGAUGAAGGGGUCAAUGGCAUGCUUUUCUUGUUUCUUUUCGGGGUUUCGUCGUUAUAAUUCGACAUGACGUUCUAUGUGAUCAUGAUUUCCAUACAUACACAUAUGCAUAUGGCGUUUUGCUUUGACUUUCCUUGUGUAUUCCUGUUUCCUGGCGGGAUUUAUUGCUUGCACAGAGAUUCUAAGAUUGGUUCUUCAACGAAAUAGAAUAGUUUAGAUAGUAUAUAUAGAGAUCAAAAUACAUACCGAUGGAUU